CUCCUGUUACUGCCGUGCUCACGCACUCCCCUUCGCCAGAUAGGGCGUUGCUUCACGGUGUAAGUAUCUCCUCCUCUGCCGCUAUGGCCUUGUUUCGAGCGGCGACGUUGCUGACGGCAGCAACGGCGGUGGCGGCAUCCGCCGGCGAUGCUAAUACCCCCCGGACCUCCCUCGCCGCCGGCGCCGCUCAGCCGUCUCCCCAAGGCGUCGGCCUCCUGAGCACCCCCUGGCUCCGCGACGUUGCGGAAGCCGACCACUACGGCGCUUCGAUGUUGGCCUCGGCCCCUUGGGUUCGUUCGAGUGCGGUGGCGGUCGGAUCGUUAGGCAAAGUUGCCUCGCCUCCUACUGCGGCGGGUGCUGUCGACGCGUCGUCGCCCAAGUUGGAGGAUAUCGCAUCCUUGCUGCUCACUUCGCCGUGGGCGAGAUCUACGGAAAUGGAACAGAAGGGAGGAGUAAGGUCUUCCGGCGGGGGCGGGGCUUUCAAGGGCAUGCUGGGCUCGGCUCCGUGGACGAUCGACGACUCGGCACCCGGUAUGCUUUCUAACGCUCCGUGGACCCGGACUAACGGAGUACAAAGUGGGAUGCUGUCCAAGGCUUGGACUCGUUCGGACGAUGCUGAAGGCGGGAUGUUGUCCAAGGCUUGGACUCGUACGGACGAUGCUGAAGGUGGAAUGUUGUCCAAGGCUUGGACCCGGACUAACGGAGUACAAAGUGGGAUGCUGUCCAAGGCUUGGACUCGUACGGACGAUGCUGAAGGUGGAAUGUUGUCCAAGGCUUGGACUCGUUCGGACGAUGCUGAAGGCGGGAUGUUGUCCACGGCUUGGACUCGUUCGGACGAUGCUGAAGGCGGGAUGUUGUCCAAGGCUUGGACUCGUUCGGACGAUGCUGAAGGCGGGAUGUUGUCCAAGGCUUGGACUCGUUCGGACGGUGCUGAAGGCGGAAUGUUGUCCAAGGCUUGGGCUCGUUCGGACGAUGCUGAAGGCGGGAUGUUGUCCAAGGCUUGGACUCGUUCGGACGAUGCUGAAGGCGGGAUGUUGUCCAAGGCUUGGACUCGUACGGACGAUGCUGAAGGCGGGAUGUUGUCCAAGGCUUGGACUCGUUCGGACGGUGCUGAAGGCGGGAUGCUGUCCAAGGCUUGGACUCGCAGCGAUGAUACUGACGGCGGGAUGUUGUCCAAGGCUUGGACCCGUGACCUCCAUGGCGGCGCGCCUGUGACAGGGCUGUUGUCUUCGCCGUGGACUCGCGACGCCAGCGGCGGCGCGCCUGUGGCGGGAAUGCUGUCGUCUCCCUGGAUCCGUGACCUCACUGACGGGGCGCCCUGGGGAGGGAUGUUGUCUUCACCUUGGGUCCGUGACGGCGGCGUGCCCGUGGCGGGGAUGCUGUCCUCUCCGUGGAGCCGUGACGUCAAGGGCGGGGCGCCUGUGACCGGGCUGCUUUCUUCGCCGUGGAGCCGUGAUGACGUCAGUAUCGUUGCGUGA